UCAUCGCAGCAUUUCAAUGAAACUGGGGAAGUACGCUUGGAGAGUUCUACAAUAAAUACAAGUGGACCAGUAAUAAAAUCGUUCAAAUUAAACAGCUUCAUUGUCGAUCUAUUUACUCAUAAACUCAAGAAACUGCGAUACCAGUGAGCUGUCUUUGAGAAGUGUGAUGGCAUCCAACGUAAUAAAAUCUGUGAUUGAGUUAAACCUCAGGGAGGAUUUGCUCGAAGGCGUAAUCAAACGUGGUUAUAAGUUUCGACUCAUUUGGCAACGUCUUUGUAUCAAGCAUAUUGCGGAAGGAUGUAAUGUCAUACUCCAAAAUCUACCAAUAGCAAGUUCUCCAAGCACAAUUGCAAUUUCUGCCCUGCAAAUGGUUGAUGUAGCUCGUAUGGAAACUCAAGUAUUAUAUCUCUCAUCGUCUGACAAAUUGUCGCGUAAGUUGCAAAAUGUAAUUCAGAAAUUAGGAAUCUCUAUAAACAGAGAAACAAUCAUGUGUGGCACACCUGAAAGCAUAUUGGAAAUGAUAAACAGAAAUGAAUUGCGCACUACAGGAAUACAUUUGAUGAUCAUGGACGACGUCAUGAGCUUUAUUAAGAGGGGAAUUAGCCCACUAGUUGACUGCGUAUGUAAAUAUUUGCCUGCAGAUACCCAAGUUUUAAUGAUUUCCAAUCAAGUUAUUGAUGUUGGAAUAGCUACCAAAUAUUCUUCAAGAUAUCCCGUAAAAUUUUUGGAUGCCAGUACGACUGAUGAGUCUCAAGAAGCCAGCCAAGAUGAUGAAAGGAACUUCGUGACAAACAAGUCUGAUUUGAGAUUCCAAAGGCUGUCCAAUGUUAUGGGGUGCCAUUCAUUAUCGAGGGUGGCAAUGUUGUCAUUGUGUCUGGACCCCAAUCCGGUAAAACGACCACAGCUGCGAUCUCUAUUCUACAGACGAUUGAUACAUCGUGCGAGGAAACUCAGGUUCUAUAUCUAUCCCAUACACGCGAAGAAGCCACUAAAUGCAAAUGUUUACUUAUGUCCCUGAGUAUCGAUAUGAAUGUAAAUUGCUUUCUUUGCAUUGGUGGUACCACUAUUGCCUGUAGACCCUUACCUAAGGAGAGAUUUAUUGUUUGUGGUACUCCUGGACGUGUUUUGGAUAUGAUCGAAAGGAAAAUUAUACGAACGUCUAGUAUUCGAACAUUUGUGCUUGACGACGCCCAUUUGUUGUUGAGAGGGGGCAUCAUCGGAGAUUUGGACAUUAUAUUUAACCAUUUGCCACCCACCGUUCAGAUUGUAAUGAUUUCAAGUAGAAUGUCUUUGGUAUCCAUUGAAGUCGCUCGUAUAUACGUGAGAAACUCGGCAGAUUGGAUCUUACCCAAGAGCAAUGAAAGCCAAUUGGCAGCCGCAUGGAACACCCAGUCAACGAAUGAAACUGCAGUUAAAACCAGCGAAUCUGUGGAGAUCUUCAACACAUUUGCAUCUAUGAAACUUAAAGAAAAACUUCUUGAAAGCCUUGCAAUAAUUGGAUAUCGGAGUCCAUUGCCUGCCCAGAGAUAUUGUAUCAAACCAAUUAUUGAUGGACGUAAUGUUACUGCUUUUUGCAAAGUCGCACCGGUAAAACAACCACAAUAGCUAUGUCUGUGCUGCAUAUGGUUGAUACAUCCUCGCCGAACACCCAAAUAAUUUGCCUCUCGCACAAUCGUGGAUUGGCCAUAGAGUUAGAAAAUGUCAUUCGAACUUUUGGUUCCCCCAUGGAAGUCAAAUGUUGCGUGUGCGAUGAAGUCGAAAAAUGUCUUGCCCAAAAAGAGAAUUUUGCUAAUCAACAUAUUGUUUGUGGUACUCCUGAGUUUGUCUGGCACCAUAUUGAAGCGAAGAGACUGCAAACAACAGGAAUUCGACUGUUGGUGCUGGACGAUGCCAAUGUGCUAUUCAAUAAAACACGCCUUGAUGCAGUCAAUGACGUUUUUCGUUCUCUGCCAGUGAAUUUGCAGGUUGUAAUUUUUUCCAAUGAAAUGUCUUCCGGAACCAUGGAAGUGGCCACAGAGUAUCAGUUGGAAACACCUUUGAAACUAUAUGAAAAAAGAUGUUCAUAUCCGCAUGGCUACACAAAUGGGCUUCCCAUUGUAAAGGAACAAGUUGAAAGUGUUUAUACAACCAGCGAGUCAGUUGAGGCUUUAUUUACAUUUAAAGCUAUGCAUCUUAAACAGGAACUACUCGAAGACCUAACGAAAGUUGGUUUCCAUAGCCCACUGUCUGUUCAACGGUAUUGUAUUCAACCUAUAAUCGGAUGGCGCAACGUUACUCUUGUUUCAGAAGCUGGCUCUGGCAAAACUAUCGCGCUGGCUAUUUCUAUGCUGCAAAUCGUUGAUACGGUGUAUUCUGACACUCAAAUAUUAUGUCUUUCACAUAGUUAUAGUGCGGCGCUUAAGUUGCAAAUUGCAAUCCGGACUUUGGGUACCUCAAUGAAUGUCCGAUGUUGUGUUGCCGGUGUUGGAACAGAAAAGCAGACAUUUGCCAAUCAUCAUAUUGUUUGCGGAACUCCUCUAGUUAUUCGGAGACUGAUUCAGGGGAGUUUCAUUAAAACAAACCACAUUGCUCUAUUGGUCCUGGGAAAUGCCGAAUUGUUAUUCGAAGCCAACAUUUGCAAAGAAAUAGACAUAAUUUAUCGUUUAAUCGCAAAGGAUGUCCAGACUGUGAUUACUUCGGCGAAACAUUCAUCGAUGAUCCUGAAUGUCGGUUUAAGGUACCAAUCCGCCGCCCCCAUUAGGAUAGAGCAAAGAGGCAAAAUAAACGAUUUCAAAGAAAAUGGCUAUUGCGAAUUCCAAAUAGGUGAGCCUGUACAAAAUUUCACUUCAUUUGAAAGUAUGAAUCUAAAAGACGAGCUGCUGAGAUGCCUUAUCAAGAAAGGCAUCACAACUCCCAUGGAUGUGCAACGUUACGGGGUUAGAGCCAUUGUUGAGGGAAAGUGUUGUACCAUCGAAUCCGGACCUCAGACUGGAAAAACAACUGCGGUUGCCAUCUCCAUUUUGGAAAUUAUCGACACAGGGUGUGAGGAAACUCAAGUAUUGUGCGUUUGCCACUCACAACAAGAGUGCAUAGAGUUGAAAUAUUUGGUUCAGGCCUUUGGUGUCCUAAUGAAUGUUACUCCUCAUCUUUGUAUUGCUGGGAAAGGCCAAUUUGCCAAAAAGUUAAUUGUUUGUGGGACACCUGGGCAGCUUUUGGAUUUGAUGAAUCGCAAUAUUGUACGCACAUCGUCCAUACGUACAGUAGUGCUAGACGAUGCCAAUAGGUUAAUGAAUGCCGAAAUGAUAGAAGAUGUGGGUCGAAUAUGCCGUGCUGUGCCUUUAGAUACUCAGGUGGUAAUGAUUUCAGAACAUCUUCUAACUUCAUCGGCCAUGGAGAUCGCCGCCAAUUAUUUGCCAAACUCACCAAUUCGUAUUAUUGAAAGACGGAUCGGAGAGGAAAAACAAUUGAACCCAAGACAUUUCGAUAAAGUUGAAGACCUUGAGUUUGAUACUAGUGAGCCUGUGGAAGUUUCAUCAACUUUUGAAGCCAUGGGACUAAAAGAAGAUCUCAUUAGGGGUCUUCUGUCUAAGGGUUUUAAAACCCCUUUGGCUUUACAACGAUGUUGUAUGAAGAUUCUUAUCGAAGGUCAUGAUGUUAUACUGAGUUCACAAGCUGGUUCCGGCAAAACAACAGCAAUUGCGAUGUCUUUGCUACAAAUGGUUGACACAUCUCGUACGGACACUCAAGUUCUGUAUGUUACACAUUCGCAGGAAGUGGCCGUUGCUUUACAAAACACCAUACGGAGUUUGGGUAAAUUUAUGAAUCCACCAUGCAAAAUAUUUGCUUGCACGAAUAAGAUUACGAACCAACAAAAAGAGACAGCCAAAUUAUUAGUCGAAAAUCAUCAGAUUGUUUGCGGUACUUCUAAACAAAUUAAUGUAAUGAAAAGAAAUAACAUACUUGCCACAACAUCAAUUCGCAUAAUUGUGCUGGACGAUCCCUUCCUUCUGGCACCGGAAGGAAAAAAGAGUGUUAAUCGCUUUACUUAUAUAUUGAAUUCGUUACCACGAGAUACGCAGAUUCUAAUAUGUUCUCAUCGAGUGUUAGAUGGAGCCAUAAAUGUUAACGAAUUCUUUCCUGGCAGCUAUAUAAUCGUCACCCAAAAAAGAAUGAAAAGCGCAAAAACUUGUCCAACAGUGAUCGUGAGUGAUGGUGGACAAUCGAAAGGGGAUGUAGGAUUAAAAAGUAACCAACCGAGCGAUUCCAUUGAAAUAUUAAACCACAAUCUUCCAGCCGUGAACUCAACCUGUUUUGAUACGAUUAAGCCAAAGCGAAAAAAGCGUGUAUUCAAACCCACUGUUCUGAAGAAAAGCGAUGUCAUUGAAUUCGAAACCAGUCAGCAUGUUGAAGUCUGGCCUUCAUUUAAUUCUUUUAGACUAAACAAAGAGCUACUCGAGGGCAUUAACAUUUGUGGUUUUAAAACCCCACUGCCGGUCCAGAUACAUUGUCUGAAGCCACUUAUUAAAAGGCGCCAUAUAAUAAUCAACUCGCAAGUUGGCAGCGGCAAAACAACCGCAAUAGUUAUAUCCAUUCUACAAUCAUUGGAUAUAUCACGUCCGGAAACCCAAGUAUUGUGUCUCACACUCACGCCAGAAAACGCUUUAGAGAUACAAACAAAAAUUCUGGCCUUGGAUACCUCCACGAGGGUCCGAUGUAGCGUGCCGAGCACCACUGCCACAUCGACAAAUCCACAUAUUAUUUGUGGUGUUCCCGAACAUGUUUCUAACAUGAUCACCAGCAACAUUUUAUGUACCACAACCAUUCGCAUGCUUGUGUUGUUCAACAUCAACUUGCUGUUGUCAGAAAAAAUUCUCCAACAAUUUAAUUAUAUACUUUCGGGUAUGGUACCAGGUGUACAAAUUGUCAUGACUUCAACCCAUGUUUCAUUUGCGGCCAUUAAUAUCGCUGUUAGCUGUAUGCAAUGCCCCAUUAUCAUCAAACAAAACAGUAGUGGAACUGGAAAAACAACGGCAAUUGCGAUGUCUGCGCUUCAAAUUAUAGAACCAUCCGAUGGAGCCAGUCAAGUUUUGUAUCUUGGCCAUUCGCUAGAUGUAGCCCAAUCUUUCCAGGAUGUUAUUAAAAAAUUGGGUGUAUCUAUGAAUGUCAAUUGCUUUGUAUGGGGUAGAAAAAAAAAUAAUAAAAAAAAACCUCUGAUUGCCAAUCAACACAUUUUUGUGGUCCUCUGUAGCGAAUUUUUGAUUUAAUGAAAUGGGACCCUUUGAGUAUGAAAACGAUUCGAAUGUGUGUGCUGGAAGACGCCAACAUAUUGCUGUCAGAAAAGUUUCAUAAAACCGUUGACGCCAUUCUUCGGGCUUUGCCACCACAUGUCCAGAUUGUAAUGACUGCACCCAUAAUGUCUCUGGAAACCAAGAAAGUUGCUUUGAAAUAUAUGUCUACUGAUCCUAUUGUCUUAAUGGAGAAUAUGUGAUGAGUGGAAAAUCCAAAGUAUUUUUGAAAACAUUUGUCGUGAAUAGCCUCCCUAAGUCUUAUUAUUCCUUAUUAUUGCUCCUUUUCUCGUAUUUCAUCUCACACACACACACACACAUAUGUAAGAUUUUAGUUUUGUUCCAUUCUUAUUGAAUUCCUUUUGAUUGAAUUGAUUGAUUGACACAUUGAAGAUGACGAUUUUUGAGAGAGUCUUGUUUUGCCAUUCAAGCUGUUCGGUCGUGAAAUUUGAAUUAUUAAAAGCUUCCCUUUAAAUUUACAAGUCGGAGUUUUUAUUUCGAAAGACCAUCUUAGUCACAAUUUCGGAAGUGGGAUAAACUCGUCUUAUAAGCACAAACUCAAAACGAGCCCUCGUGUGUUAAAAAAGAGAGACGUAAUUAAUUUGUGUAGACGGUAAAGCAGGACGAGAAAUUAAUUGAAAGUGUCCACGACGGUAUUGGUGGAUUACGGUGUCUAGAGCGAAAAACGACAAACCAGUGAUAAUGGAGGCCCUAAAUGAAUGUAAAGUCGAACAACUGAAAGAACAUGGCCCGAGUUUAAGCUUGUCGGCGAAAGACAAGAAAAUAGACCUAAUCGAGCGUCUAUUUAGAAAUCAGUUGGAAUUCGGGAUGCUACACAAAAGUCGGUGCAGAAUAGCACGUUUCAUUGCAUGACUGAACAGGAGAAUGAUUUGCCAUUAAGUGUUUCGUGGCCAGAUUUUCUUGGUUUUAGCAAUGACUCAUCAAUGCGAGUAACAUCAACAUACGACGUUGCAGUCAUAGGAACAGUCGCGACGGCAUUCAAUGUUCGCUGUACUUCGGUUUGUGAUGUUCGACUCAACGAUUCAGCUUCAGUGACGUCCAGCGAUAUGGGACGAAGCGUAUAGGCUAAAUAAAUGUAAAGUCGAACAACUGAAAGAAAAUUGCGCGAGUUUAAGCUUGUCGACGAAAGCAAGAAAAUAGACUUAAUCGAGCAGCUGUUUAGAAAUCAGUUGGAAGAUAAACAACGAAUCAUUCGGGAUGCUACACAAAGGUCGGUUCGAGUCAACAAUUCAGUUUCAGUGACGUCCAGCGGUAUGGGACGAAGCGUAUAUUGGACGAAAUAGCUAAUUCAAAUUUUCAACGGCUGGCUAGUAACACAAAUGCUGUAAUUGUAACCCAAUAGCGACAACAAAUCAGCAGAACAACACAUACGCAAAUUUUAUUCAUUUUUCUUCUGCAAACGUUUCGCAGCAGAAUACAUAUACCCACGCGAUGUAAGGAAAUGUUUUGAAUUCCAUUCCGUCCCAACGAUAAUUUGCACAGGCCGAUGUUCGCAGCUUUCCCUCGACUGAUUUUCAAAACUUCGUUCCCCCUUCUCACCAAUAGCUGUGUUCGGGAACUCAAAAAUUUGUGCAGAUUUGCACAAAUUUUUACUGGAAGUCUUUCGCGUACUUUAUUUACCAGCAGAAGAGAGCGCGAGAGAGAGCAAAUUUUGACAGUUGGAAAAUAGAGAACCUGCAAAUUUCUACUGGGACUUUUUUUGCCAGCAGAAAUUUGCAACUUUGAACAGGUGUUUUGUAAAGGUCAGCUUUUUUUAUGAAAAGCAAAAAGGCAGAGGUUAGUAAAAAAUAAAAAUAUUGUUUAUUGGUAAUUUGGAAAUUUGUCUCAUUUUUAUUUACUUUUAAUGAAGAUUCAUGGCAGGAGCUAGUGUUCAGGUACAGAAAACCCAACAAUAGAAGUUGUAAUUUUACCUCAAGUCGGUUGUUCUAUAUUAGAAGGUACAUGCAAAAUUUGCAGAAUUAUUUGGAAAAUCUUGAAAAAUUCAAACCUUGUAUCCUUCCAGACACCAAAAAAGAGCAAUUAUAGGUUUUUUAAGUGUUUUGAUGGAACCAUCCUCAUCGGGAAGCUACGACGAAACCAACACCGUUUCUUCGAAUUUGUUAAGGAGGGAAGAUUAAGUGGGUCUAGCUGGGCAGUUAAACAAUUGACGAACAGUGAAAUUAGAAAACAUUAGCGCAAAUUAGUCUGCCAAUUGUAAACGGAUGCAGAUAUAUUCAAUGACCAAAUAGAAAGCUCCCUUAGCCUCACAUCAGUGGUUGUAGCAAUUUGUCUACCCAAAUAUCCAGAAGCAUUAGAUGGUUAGUCCAAGGUUUCUUUUUGAUGGAAUGUAAAGCAGCUGUAGUCCUAUGCAGCCUUCGAAAUGCAUGAUGAUGCUCGGCGAAUAGAAAUUGUCCAACAAGAGGAGCGUCUUGGCUACUGAUGACAGAAGGGAGAUCGAUCUGUACGACUCCCCCUUGGUCGUGUUCUUUCCAGGUUUCAGCUGCGGGAUCAGACCGCCGAUAAUAUAGGCGGUAUAAUAGUGUUCGGAUAUGCUGAAGACAGUUGUAAGGUACUCGACUCCAGGCAUAUCCAGAUUCAUCAGUAUCAGUGUAGAGAUUCUGUCUGGGACCAGCGACUUGGAGCCACAUAUGACAUUCGUAGCUUCCUGCACGGUUGCUGUUGUAGCAGUGUGUUGUACACUGAAAGACUCCAUCGGUUCAAUGCGGUACGUACAACCUGUACAAUCGCACGGUAAUUUGUGAUGGCUGUCCAGCGGCACGGAUACGACGAAUGGAUCACGGAUUAUCCAUCUGAUAAAUCGAUAACUUCAGGCAAGUUCAUUCAACGUAUCGAGCAGCUGAGACAAUUGUACGGGUGGGACCAUAGAGUUUUACUUUUUGCCGUGCAGACGACAUUACGAGGUGCGGCAAAACUAUGGAUAGAUUCGGGAACAGAAAUUUUUAACACUUGGUGUGUCAGAGCAAUUUUGACAGAGUUUCCAUCUAUUGUGAAUGUUGCCGAAAUUCAUAUGAAGUUAAUAAAUAUGCGUCGCGCGUUUGGAGGUGUCUUUUUAUUAGUAUUAUCGAUUGCAAGAACGGUGACUUGGACGACCAGUCAAUAAUUAAUACAGAGCACUUCAUGUGCAAUUUCAGCCAAAUCGGACAAAAAUGACGCCUUACAAAGGGGUUAAGAAGUCAAAUCGGGAUAUUGGUUUAUAUGGGAGCUAUAUCAGGUUAUACACCGAUUUGGACCGCACAGUCGUUCGAAGUCAUAAUAGAACAUCACAUGCACAAUUUCAACCAAAUCGUACAAAAACUGCGGCUUGUAAAGGCUCAAGAAGCCAAAUCGGGAGAUCGGGGUAUAUGGGAGCUAAAUCAGCUUAUAUACUGACUUAGACCGUACUCCGCAGAGUUGUUUAAAGUCAUAAAAGAACACUACUUGCAAAAUUUCAGCCAAAUCGGACAAAAAUUGCGGCUUCCAGGGGCUCAAGAAAUUAAAUCGGGAAAUCUGUUUAUAUGGGAGCUAUAUCUAAAUCUGAACCGAUAUGGCCCAUUUGCAAUCCCCAAUGACCUACUUGAAUAUUAAGUAUCUGCAAAAUUUCAAGUGGGUAGCUUGAGUGGCCGUGGUGGAGACACUUGCUAUGUUUCGAAUAUACUAUUGCUCUGCUUUUCAACCAUUAAAGCCAAAACGCAGAUAAUCCUCCGACUUCGAGUGCAUGCAUCGAACGGGCAGCAGAAUGGCUCACUUUGACGCCAUGAGCCGAGCUCCUAUUGAGGCACCAAUUGCUCAAGUCUCUAUUGCAACCGACGACUGCUUGCUAACCAUGCAAUUGCAGGAUGAGAAAUUGUCGACCAUCAUAAAAGUUUUACGAGGAGAGCGUAAAUUCGAACAGAUUACCAGUGGGAGAAUCAAAGAUUCUAUAGGAAAUGCGACGGAAAAUUUUUAUUUGUUGUUCCUAAAGCGGUAAGAUGUCGUAUCGUUAAGUAUUACUAUGAUGAUAUGUGUCAUUUCGGAGUAGAGAAGACAAUCCAGCGAUUAUUUCAAAAAAUGCAGAGAUGUACAUCAACGAGAACUUGCACGUUGAUCACUUAGCACCGUUCUUGCGCAGUUGGUACGGCUAUGUCUACAUAUUGACUAUCAGCGACGCUUUCACCAAGUUCUUAAUUGUUCGGCCAGUACGGAAUACGUCAACAAUCCGCGUAAUUCAGAUUUUGAAUGCGAUUGUGCGAUAUUUUGGUUUGCCGGAACGUGUGAUUUCUGACAGAGGUACGGCGUUGACUUUUAAACAAUUUGAGAAUUUCUGCGCUGAAUACUACAUUGUCAUAUCAAGACAAGUUGUGAGAACUCCAAGGGCGAAUGGCCAAGUGGAAAGGGCUAAUAGCACAAUUUUGAAUUAUUUGAGGACAUCCACAACGGAUCAAAGGGAUUGGGAUACUUUUUUACUUCGUGUUCAAUGGACGGUGAAUUGCCAACCUUACAGCAAUACCAGUCCGCACGAAUUGAUAUUAAACUUUAAACUACAAGACGUAUAGAAAAUAAUCUUUUGACUGCUAUUAUUGAAACGGAAUGUGAAGUUCCAGCUGAGAGUAAUCAGAUCGAGGCCCAACAAAAUAUACGCCAAUGGCGUGAACAGUGGAAAAUCAUAUUUGAUCAAGCACACAUCAAGCCACAACAGUAUGUAGCUGGCAAUAUAGUUGUCAUACAAAACGAACUACAAUCAACGCGGGAAUCACGCAAAUUGGAGCCACGAUUCAGAGGGUCAUAUGUGGUGGCGAAAGCUGUUGGCAAGGACAGAUAUCUAUUGGAAGACGUUAUGGGGAUGCAAGUAAGUCAGAGCCAUUCAGUUUAGUCUACACUGCCGAGAAGAUGAAGAGAUGGUGCACACUACCCCCGGAAGACGACGAAGCUGUCGUGAUUUGCCUCUUUAAGUUUUAUUAUUACUCCUUGUGUAAGAUUUUAGCUUUGUUCCAUUCUUAUUGAAUUGCUUUUGAUUGACACAUUGAAGAUGAAGAUUUUUGAGAGAGUAUUGUUUUAACAUUUAACCUGUUCGGUCGUAAAAUUUGAAUUAUUAAAAGCUUCCCUUUAAAUUUACAA